CAGAAUGGCGGCGGCAGUAGUGCAGCGACCGUCGCCGGCGACACACGCGUCGCGCCGCCGUGACUCAGACGCGGUAAAUACGUGUGACGCGCGAUCACGCGUUCAUUGCUUACAAAAACACAUAGCGCUCCACUACACACCGGGAAACUCCGCAUAGCUAGAACAGCUGAUUCCAACAUAACCUGCGUGGGCGCAAGAAUAAAUUAAAACCACCUAGUUCGUAGAAAAGGCACCGGAAAUCCAAAGACAUUGAGAAUUUUGUGAGAUUUACGAAACUUUAUCGGCCGGUGAAUCAUCUUAAUAUGACGAGAGUGAAGUUGAAAGACGGGAAUCGUCAAGGCCUUUUCUAAUACUGGUGUCAUUAACAUUGAAUUAAGGAAAAUACAAAGUUUGUUGUGAUGCGCUGACUCUACCGAGGUGAUAAUACUGAUAAUCAAGUGUACAAAUAUUUCUUUCAACUGAGAAGACAACACAAACUUAACUUAAAUAAAAACUAUAGAUAGUUAGAUGUCCAAAGAAGAACUAAAAGUCAAAGUUCAUGAGUAAAAGGAUUUAUAUGUAGUUAAACAAAGACUAAGAAAAAAACUUUGGACUUGUCAUCAAAACUUGGAAAUUUUAUUGGCACAUGGCCAAGACUCAGUAAUUAACAUAAUAUCCGUCUGCGAAUUCAAUUACUCACGACUUUGGAAAAGUGUAUGGGAUAAAACCUUAUCCGUUGAAGAAUCACAACAUUAGAUCACACAUAGCUAUAAAAACAACAAGUGGUCCUAAUUAGUGAAACGGGUGUAACGUUUAUAAAACUAACUAUUAACAAAGACUUAUAUAACUAAUGUAAAUUGUAAUUAGUGCAAAUAAUCAAAACGGACUUUAAAAAACUUAUAUCACUAUUCAAGAAAAACAAAACACAAUCCUCCUUGCUGCAGAAAUUCCUUCAAACUUUUUCUUCUUUUGAAAAAGGAAAACUUUCACAACCAAGAAGGUGGAAACACCUAUAGGUUUGACUUCAAGGAGUUUUUACAACAGAAGCAGUUUGCAUGGGAUGCAUGUUUGAAGAUAUGCACCUGCCGUUUGAACCGCGCGGGCGGCGGCGGCGCGAGAUGUCGGAGUGGGAACUAUACUUUGAGUCGCUGAAGUCCGCCGCCCAAAGUGAACAUGGACCUGACUUGAUAACAACGAACAGUCCAGACCUGAUGUGCACAGCCCUGCCGGAGCAUUGGCGCUCCAACAAAACCCUACAGAACGGGUUCAAGGUGGUAGCCCUAGGAGUAGUAGCUGAUGGUACCGAGGUCACGGUCAGGGCUGGCAACGACGAGAACCAUGCGGCUGAGCUGAAGAAUAAUACGGCGAGGAUGAAGAACUGCGUCGCUAAAUUCCAGGACCUGAGGUUCGUCGGCCGGAGCGGGAGAGGCAAAAGCUUCACGCUGACGAUCACGAUCUCGUCGUCCCCGCCGCAGGUGGCCACGUACAACAAGGCCAUCAAGGUGACGGUGGACGGGCCGCGGGUGCCACGAUCCAAAACUAGUGAGUAUCUAUGCACAAACGCGAGUCCGCACAGCCUGCGCGGCUACUCCAGGCCCCUGCUCAGGGACAUAGAGUACCCCUUCAAGUGCGCCCCCGCCGCCCCCCGCGGCCGCUCCCUGUCGCACGAGGAGCUGGAGUACCGGACCAAUAGGGACGACCUGCCUUCUGGACACAUCAUCCCCAUUCCCGAUGUGAACGAGUGGACGACGGGGUCCUCGGGGUACCACCCGAGUCCACCCAUGUACCCGGGCUACGGCUCGCUGUCAUCACAGUAUCAUAUUAGUCCAGUGUUACCCGAGAUGCCGGCGCUCGGGCACCCCGACUACAGCGGCUACCAGCCGACACCCUCCUACAACCUCAAGAGCAGCCCCAACAACACCACACUAGCUGAACUCAACCCGCCUUCCCAGCGGUACGACAACAGCUACUACUGGCCAGCCAACACCUGCAACCAGUACCCGCAGUACCCCAACAACAACGCCGCCUGUCUGCAACCACACACCCCCUACAUGAACCCCAACCCACAACUCAUUGUGCCCCACCUCUACUCCACCGUCAACCAGAACCAAAUACACGUACAUCUGCAUAGCACGGCGGAUAAGAGCCUAGAACAGUUUCCUGGAGAGAUAAAGAUUAGUGACAUUGAUGGCGCGAUAUCUAUCACCACGGAUCUUCAAGGAGAGGCUAGCGGGAUGAUUGCCAGCUGUGAACCCACGGAUGAAAUGAAGCACGGGCUUUACGGUGCAGGCAGCCAGGACCACGUGUGGAGGCCAUAUUGACCUCACCCUAGUGUAGCACUAACAGACAAUCGACAGUUAAUCGAUGUACAUAUUGUGAUCUAAUUAGAUAAGAAACUAGUUUCUAAGGUUAUGUAAGUAGGUAGUUGAUGUAAAGCAAGAUGUCAUUACGAAUUAUUAAUUUAAUGUUAAGUGUUAAUAAAUGUGUCAAAUAGGUACUGAGAUAUUUAAAUAAAUUAUUCUGCAAUCCUUAA